UGACACGGAGCGUAAACAAGUGUUAUAGGAGUAGCGGGCGAAGGUCGAUUUUGAACGGGUGCGAACUGUUCCGGCUGUGAACUUCUCAAAAUAUCUUUACAAUGACAACCCGAAAUGUAUCUCGCUUUUGGGAGUGGGGGAAAAAAAUUAUCUGUGUCGGGAGAAAUUACGCGGACCACGCCAAAGAACUGAUGAAUGCAAUCCCAAAAGACCCCGUGUUGUUUUUAAAGACUCCUUCUGCAUAUCUGACAGAGGGCUCACCUAUUCUAAUACCCAAAUACUCGAACAAUCUGCAUCAUGAAAUCGAGUUGGGGGUUGUUAUCGGAAAAGGGGGCACUUCUAUCUCCCAAUCUUCAGCGAUGGACCAUGUCGCAGGCUACGCUUUGUGCCUGGACAUGACAGCUCGUGACAUUCAGGAUGACUGCAAGUCCAAAGGUCUUCCGUGGACUCUAGCCAAAGCGUUCGAUACCUCUUGUCCCAUUAGCGAAUUUAUUCCGAAAGAGAAAAUUCCAGACCCUGGAAACGUGAAGAUCUGGCUCAAAGUAAACGAUCAGAUGCGCCAACAUGGAUGCACUUCCGAGAUGAUCUUCUCCAUCCCUUUUCUCAUCAGUUACAUCAGUGAGAUCAUCUCAUUAGAAGAGGGAGACCUGAUUCUUACAGGGACUCCCAAGGGGGUAUCCGCUGUACAGGUGCACGAUGAACUACAUGCUGGAAUAGAUGAUGUUGUCAGCAUGACUUUUAAGGUGGACAAGCUUAAACAGUAACAAACAAUGCCAUACGCUUGUAAUUAGAAAGCUGUGAAUAUCACUGGAAUUAAAUGGAAAACAUUUCAUGGAGUAGGCUAAGAUAAUAGCCUACUUGUAGUUCUUCAACCAGCAGAGGGCAGUGCUAACACUGUGCUCGUUCAAGUUAAAAUUUUUCUAAAUAUAUUUUUGGUCUAAUAUAGAUUUGACCUCAAUUGCAUGUGCAUGUAUUAACAUUUGAAAAAAUCUUAGUAUAUAUUUUAAUUAGAUUUACCUACUUUAACAGUGCGAUAUUUAGGUGGGUUUAUUAUCAAUCCUAGGUUCCGACCCUACUAGGGAGAUUUUCUUAGCCAUUAUUAAUCAAUAUUUUGUUUCUUGCUCUUUGGUGUUUUAGAAUGGGUAUCGGUAUAGCCUAAUCACUUCAUGACAAUUGCUGAUGUAAAAUGGGCUUUAUGAAAUAUGUUGAUUAAUUAUUAAGGGAAUUUUUUUUUCAAUAGCGCCAAAGUGUCCUAAAAUAGAAAUUGUAUGAUUGACAUGUAUUAUGUAAUUUUCACACUUUUCCCUCCCCUCAGCAUUCUGUCACCCAGCAUCAAAGGUCCCAACAGCAUUCAGGGCACAAGAGUCAAUUUAUCAAUAAUCAUUAUAAACUAUGCAGUGCCUUGCAAAAGUGUUCAUCUCCCUUGGCGUUUUUCCUAAUUUGUUGCAUUACAACCUGUAAUUUAAAUGUAUUUUUAUUUGCAUUUCAUGUGACAGACAUACCCAAAAUAGUCCAAAUUGGUGAAGUGAAAAAAAAUCACAAAAAAUCCAUUAAAAACAUUCAAAAAAUUUGAAAAGUGGUGCGUGCAUGUAUAUUCACCCCCUUUCCCAUGAAACCCCUGAAUAGGGCAUGUGGGAGACUCCCCAAAUAUAUCAUAAGGUUCUCUGGUCAGGUGAGAUUAAAUUGUAGCUGUUUGGCCAUCAAGGAAAAGGCUUUGUCUGGCACAAACCCAACACCUCUCAUCACCCCGAGAACACCAUCCCCACAGUGAAGCAUGGUGGUGGCAGCUGCAUGCUGUGAAUAGUUAUGCACACUCAAGCUUUCAGUUUUUUUGUCCUAUUUCUUGUUUGUUUCUUGUUUCUUCACAUGUUGUGUAAAUCAAAAGAUUGAUGAGACCAGGAUUUGGGGAAAUUAGACACUCAACUGCUUUCCAGGAUUUGAAGUUGAUGGGCUACAUUGUCAGCAAUCCAUGCUUUAAAU